AUGUGGAGUGUCGGUGUGUUCAUUCUCUCGCAGAUAGUCGUCUGCCAAUUCACAAUAGAUAACAUUACCAACGAAGACACAACUGUUACGCCUUACUACGCUCUAAGCACCGGCAUCGCUCCCGCCCCGAUCAUGUUACGUCUCGGCAAUUCCACCAUAGACAGCACAAAGUCUUUCAAAGUGCCGCAACCGACCGUCGACAUACAUGAACCACAAAUAGUCGAACAGGUUGUACCACAAGUUGUCCAACAUGUUGCACCGCAAGUUGUACCACAUGUGGUCUCAGUUAAGUCCUACUUCGAUCACGAUAGGAAGUAUGGCCCGACGUUUGAGGACGUCCCAGUUGGUAAUGUGACUAAAAUUACCGUUCAGCUCGGCGAAGACGCGCAUUUGAAUUGCAGGAUUAGUCUUCUUCAAGAUAAAACGGUAUCCUGGGUUCGUCGAAGGGGUAAAGAAGAGAUUCCAGAAUUGCUCACAGUUGGUGCUGUGACAUAUGCAGCCGAUAAUCGAGUAACGGUGGCCAGGAGGUACCCUGGAAAUUGGAAACUUCUCGUCAGGGAGGUGAAGCCAGAAGACGAAGGAGUGUACGAGUGCCAGAUAUCUACACAUCCGCCGAGAGUCAGUCGGACAUAUCUACAUAUAAAUACUCCUCAAGUCUGGGUAGUUGACGAGGCUGGAGCACCGCUCCUGGAAAAGUAUUAUGAAGCGGAGUCAACCCUGGCGCUGGUCUGUCGAGCUCGCUACGUCGACACACCAGCUGUCCUCACAUGGCUGCACGAGGGAAAAGCUCUGAAUUCUGACACAUCGAGAGGUGGAAUCAGUGUAAAAACAGAACAAGUACCAGGUGGGGCGGACAGCGUGUUACGCCUCGCAAGAGUAAACAGCAGCGAUGCGGGGAACUACACUUGCGCUGUACGAGGGGCGAAGCCACACACUGUCGCUGUUCAUGUACUUAAUGAAGAAAGCCUCGCCGAGUUGCAUGCCGGGAACUCCAUUCAUAAACCAACGAAAAUCACUGUUAUAGCGUUGCUAAUUAUAGCAGUUGUUAUUUCACAAUCACCGUUAGUCGCAGUCACAGUGACAUUCGCUGCACUAGCACAUAAUAUAAGGGUCCAAGGCCUAUUAAGUGAACAGUUCACGGGAAUAAUAUUGCCUACGUGA